AUGUUUAUGCAGCAGAAAACGUUGAAAAAUGCUGAAGAGGGUACUGAAGGUGUUAGAAACCCUAAUAUACCGGAUGAAGAAGCUAAUAAUCAAUUCAAGGUUUCUGAUUUGCAAACAUGUGGGAAAUACAUAGCGUUUUUGUCAGUGGUAUAUUUUCUCAUGGCAUUAUCCCAAGUUUGCAAUCUGCUUUUUAUGACAUUUGCUGAUCGCAAACCACAAGUGGAGGAUUAUUGUGAGAAAAUUUAUCCCAAAUACACCUCUACAAAAACAUGCAAUGUUACUCACUGCUGGAUCAGAGCAGGCAAUCCACCACAAAAUAAAAUAUGCGCAACCAAGUCUUAUGAUUUUAUUCCUAUCAGAUAUGAUUUCGAUGUUCCAUUAGAAUACGUUAAACUUGGCACAACAAUGCAAAAUGUCGGAUUAAUGAUUGGAGCCAUUGUAGCUGGCAAUUUAGCAGAUAUCUAUGGCAGGAAAAAGGUACUGUUAACAGCUACUGUAGGAUUAAUAGUAUUUCUUGUUGUGACCCCACUUUCGCCGUCUUUUGCUGUGUUUACUAUACUUCGCUUUUUCGAUAUGCUAUUUACAGGAGGACAGCACUGUGUUUGCAACCCUUUUUUUAUGGAAAAUUUGCCCGACAAACACCGAAUGUGGAUGGCUAACGUAAUUACAUAUUCACCAAAUUACAUUAUCUUGUCAGGCAUUGCCUACCUUUGUAAGCAAUGGAAAACUUUGUCGUUGGCAGCGGCCGGCAUUUCAGUCAUUCCUUUAAUUACUUUGCCAUUCCUUAAAGAAUCACCACGCUGGCUAAUUAAAAAAGGUAAAAGUGAUGAAGCACUAAAAGCAGCCGCAUAUAUCAGAAAAUGGGAUCACCAAGACUCACCUGAAAUGGAGCAGAAAAUUAUUAGUGUUGUGAAGAAAGCUGCGGAAGAUGAACAAGAGAAGAAGAAAAAAGGAGGAAAAAAUUAUUACGUUUAUCACUUAUUCAGCGAUUGGAAUCUUGGAUGCUACACUUUAGUAUUUGCUACUAGCUUGUUUUCUGCAAGUUUUGUAAGUUUCGGUGUUGCUUACAAUAUGGAUGCUCUAGCUGGUACGGUCUAUAUUAAUGUAAUUAUUUUGGGAUUCCUUCGAUGGGGCAUUAAUAUUACGGCUGCUAGCUUAGAAUACUUCUUUGAAAAUAUCGGAAGACGAUUACUUCAUCUUGUUGCUGUAGGAUUCAUAGCUACUGUCAUGGGAGUAACUUUCAUAAUUUAUCGUCUUACAUGGCCAAAAAUCGAUGCCUACAAAGCAGCUGUAAAGGCAGGGGAAAAAGGAGAUCCAUCAAUUCACUCAAUCGUCCUGUUCACAAGAUAUGCUUGUCUUCUAGCAGCUGCAAUGUGCAGUGAAGUAUUUGUUUUGAAUGCUGUUCAACCGUCUGAGCUAUUUCCAACACCAGUUCGAAGUGCAGGCAUUGCAUUCAUUCAAAUUUUCAACCGACUUGGCACAAUUGUCGGUCCACUGGUGUUCAUACCAAGUAAGCACUGGCCACCAGCGCCUUUCUUACUGAUGUUCAUAACGAGCAGCGCCGAUUUCCUAUUGUAUUUCUUAUUGGUGCCUGAAACUCGGGGCAAAAGACUACCCGACCACAUGCCUGGAGAAUAUCCAAGUGAUGAAAUGGCUGCUCUAAGUUCAGAAGCACUUAAGUCAGAGAAGAGAUUUGCAAGGAGUAAAAUACAUAGGAAAAAGACUAAGAGCAAAGGAAAAGUUAUCGAAAAGGAUGACAGACAAAUACACAAGGAUGUCAGAAAAAAAGAGAGUGGAGGAAGUAAAAAAGAGAUAAGAGAAGGUGUUGAAGAGAAGAAAACAAUUGAGAAAGAGACUGAGAAAGAAGGAAAACAAUCUGCAAGUAGUCUACGCAGCAAACAGCAAGGAUAA